AGGGUUGACUCCCAGUGGGAUGUUCCUCUUAAACAAUAUGCUGCUCACUCAGCUGCUGCUCUCUCCCUACAGCACCACGUACCUCCACUCCAGCACCCACUGUCUCAACAACCCCAGAGGUUUGACCCCCAGUGGGAUGUUCCUCUUAAACAAUAUGCUGCUCACUCAGCUGCUGCUCUCUCCCUACAGCACCACGUACCUCCACCCCAGCGCCAACUGUGUCAAAAACUCCAGCUCCACCGCCAGCCCGCUCCUCGGCAGAGAAUGCACCAACGACGGGCGCGUCUUUGUGUCAUCCGGGCACGAGCUGACCGUCCUGUUCCGCAGCGACGAAAGCAUCACCGACCGGGGCUUCAAGGCCUUCUACUCCUCAGUUCUCCCUUCCACCAGGCGGUUGACUCCCAGUGGGAUGUUCCUCUUAAACAAUAUGCUGCUCACUCACCUGCUGCUCGCUCCCUACAGCACCACCUACCUCCACCCCAGCACCCACUGUCUCAACAACCCCAGAGGUUUGACCCCCAGUGGGAUGUUCCUCUUAAACAAUAUGCUGCUCACUCAGCUGCUGCUCUCUCCCUACAGCACCACGUACCUCCACCCCAACGUCCACUGUAUUACCGACCUCAGGCUGGAAAAUGGCAAAUGCCUGUCUGACUAUCUGGAAGUCUAUGAUGGGCCACUCCACACGUCUCCUCUCUUUGGGAGGUUUUGCUCUGGUUCCGAUCGCACUUUCAAGUCCUCCUCAAACCUGCUGACUGUCGUGUUUCACAGCAACUCUCGACACACCUACAGAGGGUUUCUGGCUGAGUAUCAUUCCACUCCAGGAGAUGAGAGCACCACACUGCAGUGUUUGCCAGACUUCAUGCAUGUAGUUGUGAGCAGGCAUUUCCUUCAGUCAGAAGGUUAUUCUCCUUGGAAUGUCAGCUUGAUCGACCCCCACUGCAAACCCAACAUCACCGCAGAGUCUGUAGUGUUCAACAUUCCCUACAAGGGCUGCGGCACAGUGAGAGAGGGAAACAACAAUACAAUAACCUAUUCCAACAUCAUUAAAGUAUUGUCUCAAGGCACUGUAAUCACAAGAAAUAGAAAUCUUCUCUUGCACAUCCACUGCAAAAUGCUUCAGAACACAUGGGCAAAAGCUGUGUAUGUGGUGGAUAAAAAUCUUGAAGUCAGUGAAACUCAGUAUAAUAGAUAUGAUAUAAGCCUUACAUUUUAUCACUCUGCACAAUUCUUACGUCCAGUGGACACCUCACCAUACCAUGUUGAUGUGAACCAGGAUUUGUUCCUCGAAGCUUACCUGCACAGCUCUGAUCCAGACCUGGUGUUGUUCCUGGACACAUGUGUGGCAUCUCCCACUCCACACAAUGUUUCAACAGUGACCUAUGAUAUAAUCAGGAAUGGGUGUGCUCAAGAUCCCACCUACACUACCUAUGAUUCCCCCUCCAGCUACAUAGUCCGGUUUAAAUUCAACGCCUUCCGGUUUGUUCGGAAGAGUCCCUCAGUUUACCUGAAGUGUGAAUUCGUGGUGUGCAGGACCUAUGACUAUCAUUCCAGAUGCUACCAAGGCUGUAUUACUACGUCCAGGAGCCAGUCAAGCUUUGAUCGACCAAGUGUGACUGCUGUUGCUGGCCCGGUUCAGCUUCAGGAAAAGGAACGCGCAUGA